AUGUUACAGCACAUUUUUAAUGAUCGACUAUUUGUUACCUAUAUUUGUCCAUACACAUGGAUUAUUUCUUCAGUUUUCAUAGUAAUUUUUCAAGGUUUUUUGGGUAUUAAAGCACCUUAUGGACGUUAUAAUGAGAGCAAUCAUGGAAUACCCGGAAGACUAGCAUGGUUUUUACAAGAACUUCCUUGUUUUAUUAUUCCAUGCUACCUUCUAUCACAAUAUUGGUCAUCAAUAUCAUUAAUUAAAUUUCUUCUUAUAAUAUUUUUUCUAAUACAUUAUUUUCAACGAGUUUUUAUUUAUCCAAUGUUAAUUCGUGGAGGAAAACAUAGUUCAAUUUCAAUAACAUUAACAGCAUUUAUCUAUUGUUGUAUCAAUACUUAUUCAAUAGUCGAAGAAAUAUUAGCAUAUCAUGUUUUUCCAAGAAAUGAUUGGCUAUCAUUACAUUUUAUAAUCGGAAGUAUUAUUUUCUUUACUGGUUUUGUUCUUAAUCUUCAGGCCGAUUCAAUUUUAAGAAACUUACGAAAAGAUAAUAAUGAACAUGGUUAUAAAAUUCCGAGAGGUGGUCUAUUUGAAUAUGUUUCUGGUGCAAAUUUUCUGGCUGAAUCAAUAGAAUGGACAGGUUAUGCUAUUUGUGCUUGGACAUUACCAGCACUUGCAUUUUCAAUAUUUGUUUGGGCUAAUAUUGCAUUUGGUCGUGCUCUUCAUCAUCAUAAAUUCUAUCUUGAAAAAUUUAAAGAUGAAUAUCCAAAGAAUCGUAAAGCUGUGAUACCAUUCAUUUUAUAA